AGCACGAGAUUAGCGGUUGCUAAGUGUUUUUCUCCUACCAGCCUGCUCGCAUAUGCCGUAGAUGUCUUUAAAUUUCCAGCCAUAUCAUGAAUACAGAUCCUUGGGACAGCUGAUGGUAAUUGCAGUUCGCUAAGGAUCGUGAAGGACGUACGUGUAACUUGUGAGUAUUAGGAUGUCGUUUAGCGGUGUCGAGGGAAGUCAUUUCUUCGACGGAUCUAUUUGAAAUAUUGGCAGCUAGUCAAUUUUGCAGUCCCCAAGUAAUAGCGCUUUACUAAGUGGGGAUAUAGUUGGGAUUAUGUUUCCGAAACUCGUCCAUCGGGUUACGCCUUUAUUGUAUGGGUGUAGUUCCGCUGACGGGCUUAUGGGCUAAUGCGCGGGAGUGAAAGAAGACCAUAUAUCGAAUUGAGAAAUAUAAAAAUAGCACAUAACCUUUUUAUAUGCAUUUAAAAACACAAUCGGCAGUACUUUUAUGGCAGGAAGAACAUAUCCUGGCUAAGCCUACCGGAUUUGGGGGGUGUCGUCUGUGAAAGUCACAGGAGAGUUCAAUCAUAUCAUAUACAUUAGGUUAGCACCUCAGUGGGUUAUAGUCCAGGCCAUGUACGUACAGAUUGGGGGUGUCCGCCCCCUCCCCGGGUCACGUUCUAGGCGAUGCUGACCUCAGCUUCUGCCGCCCUGCCUACUGUCAAAAAUUGCGAAUCAUCUUGAAGAAACUCGCGGCAAAAUUUGUAUAAGUUUCACAUGGCAUUCCGCGUCCAUCCUUGUUUCAUCCGUUAUUCUCUGUUCUUUCUGUUAAAAUCAUUCGUUCUUUUCCGUUUAUUUCUCAUUCCACUUUUCUGAAUAUGCAGCUGAAAUACCCCAAAUACCAUUCAAUGACAAGGCAAUUUUGCUGUGACGGUCAUCCCAGUUGACGGUAACCGCGCGUAAACAGUCGAGGUACAGCGUUUAACGACGAUAAAACAUGCGACACGGCACAGAAAAAUAACUCAAAAGCGUAUACUUGCGUCGGAAGGGCCGCGUUCGCCGAAGGUCUAAAUCUCAACGAGGGCAUAGAAAAAACACUCACAAAACUUGGACCCCACCGCACCAAACGUAGGCAUGCAAAAAUGACGUCUAUGCGGCUCUGAUAACUUAUUCUUUCAAAAACGGGGCGUCCCCUAAACAAACAAACAACAACAAAAAAUACAAGAGCAAACAUGCGUACAUUGCGUGAUCAUUCUUCGUCGUGAGUAAUUACCUGCUUGACAUGGCCCUGUCGGGCCAGUCAAGCAGGGUGGGCCAACCAAAAUCGAUGUCGGCCCGGCCCACAGCGCACUGAAUAGACGGCCCGACCCCGGUCCAGCCGACCCACGCUCCGUGCACAGCUCUACUACACAAUGAUUAUUCCUUGGAACAGGUCAAACUAACUGAACUAAAACUGAAACCAACAAAAAGGCGGGACUGCUCGCGCGGCAGUUUGUACAGCCGAAACUGAACCCCCCGCUCAACGACACUGAAAACUUAAAAACCAAUAACGUAUCUCUUGCCAAACGCGGAAAGUGUUCAAAUAACGUUACAGGGCAAUUAGACGGCGAAGAAGCACGCUAACGUAAACCAAAACCUACUCAUUCCAGUCACAACCUAUUAUAGAGUUAGAAAACUGCGUAUUCCUAGUAUGUCGCGAUAAAAUGAGCUACGAACCAGCAAAUCGAAGUGUUCUGCUCUACACAAGGCAAAUUAAUGUCCUGCGAAAUGUUAACUUCGCGCGGGAAGGAGCAUAACACAAACGCAUACACUUCGGUUGGAUAUUGCAACCUGUAAAAUGCAGUAAACAAUACCUCAGACAUCGCUACUUUAUGCUCAUGUUAACAAUACAGAGUCAUGCUUACCUUUGAAGACAAAAAAAGCAGAAGAUGUAGCAGCGGGAAGCACAAACAAAACGACGCGUUCCUAUUUCGCCAGUUGUUCAUAGAUGAGCCGACACAGUGUUGCUGCUUUGCCGGUGUUCGUCGGCGUUUCUACGCUGAUCCCAACUGGUAAACAGCGGCGCGGAGCGUCGAAAAUGGCCGAAAGUGCGCUAUUCCCGGAAAGUUCCGUUAAAUUAGGAUAACGUAAGCGACCCGUAAAAUUUUACAGUAACGAGUCAAGUAAUUCUUCCGUUUUUUAGAAAAAAUUCUUAGAGUGUAGAAUACCAUCAUCGUAACCACUAGGCCACGGGAGCUGAUGAAUCAUCGUGACAUAUCAUGAUCAGCAGGACAUAGGCUUUUAGCAUUAAGUAUCAAUAAGGCCAGUAGGAAAAGUCGUUGUGUCAUUGGGGAACCGAAGACGUGGGGUCUCCGAAUUCGCCUAAAACCGAUUAGAGCCUUUUUCGAAAGGGUCAAACAACCUACUCAGAAAAUAGUUCACCUCGAGGAGUGUGUGAUGAACCGAGUCUCGCGUACAAAAAGGCCAAGCGGUAGCACCUCGCCAAAAGGAAAGCGGUGCCUGAGGAGAAUAGGACUGCAUCCCGCGAGGGUAUUUGCAAACAUGUGCAGCUUGACGAGAUGUCAUUUGGAGCGAUUGGGAUCGGAGUCACUAUAGAGGGACAAGGUGAAGGAGCUGGGGAAACACGCCACUCCGGUUCCUAAUGCUGUUCAAAAGGGUCAUGUCAUAUACUUUGGUAUGGUGUCAUUCCCCCCCCCCCCACCCGAAAUGAAAAUCCAGGGAACAUUCCUGUUAUGUGCUGUUUAUCCAAGGAAGUUUUCCAUGGGAGCGAGAGCGCAAGGUAGGAUAAGCCGAACUAGCUGUUGUAAUACGUUAUUUAGUUUCAGCACAGGAUGACAGGUGAACACUUAAACGAAGUGGAGCGGACGUGUAGUGGAGAGAAGUGGUGCACAUUACUUCACAGUAUAUUUUCCAGAUAUGCUUGUUCUCGUCCAUGGCACCAACUUUGACACGCAACACCUUGAAGCGUCAGACAUCUGAACGGUGAGCUGUAUUAGAUGUUACGUCACCACGUCUGGUAAGUGCCUAGUCUCUAUACAGCAUUCCGGGGUAAGUAAUCGGACAGCGCUUUGCUAUUCUUCCAGGACAGUUUUAGUUUUAUUUUUAUUCCACGAUCUACUGCUUUACUUGUUUUCGUUUUGUUUUUUUCUUUCUUGUUUUCAGUCAUGCUGUGCUCUUGCUUCUGCUUCAAAGUCACUUCUGUACAAAAUUUUCCUAAUAAACGAUUCUAAACACACGUCUCUGACGUAGUUAUCCUAUCACAUUACCUCACCAAUACUUUCACUCGUGGAAACCAUUGCGCGAUAGUUUUUAGUGCUAAACAUCAUUUUCAGAGCCUCUGACUCCAAUUUUCUGUGUGCGUAAUGCUGUGUUGGGCCGCAUACCCACAUGCGGGCAAUGUCUGCGGUAUAACGCGAACCCGGCGCGGUAAACCGUUGCCGCGAGCAUUUAUAUGUCAAAGGGUCCAACGAGCUGGAGGAUCCACCGCUGCAUCCUUCCGUUCGUUGUAUAGUUUGACACGUUGGAUCUUCCAGCACGUUUGGACCCUCCUGCUCGUUGUAUACUCCAACACGAUGGAUCUUUCAGUACGUCCGGAUCCUUUAGCUCUUUGGAAACUUCUUCACGCGUUCCCCUAUACUUUGCGGGAAAGAUUAAUACCGCAAUCGCCCCCGGCGAAUUGACUCCCCGCCCAUUAGCCUGAAAUAAAGUUGUUUUUGUUAAUACCGCAAUAAACAGAUGGCCGAAAAACAUUGCGCGGGUGCGGUUGGGGACUAUACUAUGCAUCGGUUGUAUGCACAUCACUGCGAACGGAAAGCGCGGAUACGCACGGAGCCGUAAAUCAAAAUGAACGGUAGCAUUCGUGUGUGUUAUUCAUACCUGGCUGAAUGUAAUUAAUUUACAAGGAAUGUAAUUGAGGAAUGCCAUUGCACGGCCACUACUGCCAGCCAGCCUCAUGAGACUUUGAGGCUCUUUUUCUCACUUUACUUCUAUGGAGUUCUCCGUCAGCAGUUAGUCAGAGCUGGGGUAGCAAUACUUCCAGUGAGUUUCCUCGUGGGUCAGUGAAAUGACGAUUCGAUGAUACCGCGCUCCGCUUAGAACCGUGGCCCGCCGUCAUACUGACUUUGAUAUCUUGCCGGACGUUGGUGUCACAAUCUGAAAAGCGGACGUCAACGGCCGACAACGCUUCGUCGUAUGCCUGACGGGGCCGCUUUCGCUUUCCGUCCGAACUUCGUACGGAUACCUGUUGCCCAGAACUUGAGAAGCUGUAGCAUCCUGUUGUGGUGUGCAGCUGUGCGGUGUCCUCGGAUUGUCAGGGUCCGUAACCAACACAGGUGGGCAACCGGGCGUCGCACUCCUCCCUUUCUGGCAGAUUUGCUGGCCUUGUAGUAUGCUAUGCACCGAUAGUAGCUGAUUGAAGGGUCUCUCGGAUGCUUCGAUUUGAACGAAAACUCCAGUACAGAAUUCGUCCACCUCCUGCAUUGGUACUGAAUGAUGUCGUGGGUCCUAUUGUGGGAGGGCUAAUACGUCGGGGUACUCCAGUUGGAAUUCAUACAGAAACGGUAGAUGCGCACAAGCCGACCACCACAACCAAAUUAAGCAGAAGGGCAAUGGUCGUAAGUUGUUUAGCCGAUGAAUCGUCUUCAAACAAUGGAGUCGACGCGUGUGACCUGCGUAGGUGGCAUGUCAGACAUUCGGGAGGAAAUAUUCCAAAGGGCAGAGGGGCCGACAUUGUGAAGAACUAUUGAACUCCAAAAGGUAUAGGCUCUCGCAUGGCCUGGCACUAACGAUGUCUAUUUCAUGAGGGACGAAACCUCUAAGUAAAUUUUGUUACGUUGUGUCGGAGCUCUCAACUUUACCAUUUAUUAUUGUUGUUCUCUAUCAUUGGAUCCUUCGUCUCGCAUUGUAUCCUUCCUCCCGUUGGAUCCUUGUUCCCGUUGGAUCUUCCGUCUCUGCUUGGACCCAAGUUCAGGUUGGAUACUUGUUCACGGCGUCACGUGACCCGAUUGGAUCCUCCUUCUCGUUGGACCCUUACGCUCGUUGGACCCUCGAGCCACAAGCAGCCGCGAGCUAGAGUAGAAGGUCGAGUCGAGGCCCUGGCGAUGGAACUCCCCACUCAUCAUCAUUUAAAUAAAGUUGUUGUUGUUAUUGUCUUGCCGCGGGGUGGGAAAAAGCCGCUAUUCGUUGAUAGCGCAUCGCAAGAUUUUUAGCGGCAUGCUACACAUUUUCGACCAAUCGGACGCGGUCCAGCGGAGACGGCAUGAAUGCACACGGCAUGCUGAAGGCGAUUCCGCACGUCGCAUCUCUGCCGCAUGUGGGUACGGGCCCUUACGAGACGUUCGCAGGGAGAUAGGACAGAAAUAUCAAAUCACACGAACUCCUAAACAAUGCCCGCUUGUCGGGAUUUAAUUACGUAACUACUGAAAACGUACGUUUUGGGAGUAAUGCACAGGCAAAAAGUAUCCGCAAUAUUAACAAGGGUUCAAGCUUGUUUAAGUAUUGACCGUCAUUUCCGAUGUCAAUAUCUCAGAUUACCUAAUUCUCGUCGAGUAAAUAUUACGUGCGCUCCUUUGCAAGGGAGUGUGUUACUCACAGCACAAGGUGCCAGAGGUUCUACGCGAUUACCGCAUCUGUUGCCAUGCAAAGGUGUAUAAUCUAUCUGUCUUCUCAGAUACAGGCUACAGGGGCACAAGUAAAAAGUUAACGACGCUGAGUUCCACGAUGCUAUCAGCCAUCACCGGAGUAAACCCGCAUACAGCCAUUACGGACAAGACAAUCAGUGUGCCCUACAGAACGAUACGCCCACGUCCACGGAAUAUUCUGGUGUGCGUGAUCGGAGACCCAAGUCUGACCACCGACACUGUAGUUCCACCCGCGGGCCUGUGUACCUUCUAUUUCUACCGUCCAGUGGAGACGCCUACACCGUUUGCCCAAAGCUCCUUUGGCUGGCAAUGGAUUCUGAAGCUCGCCAGCGACCACCCUGCUGCCAGCAAGUAUGGAGUUGAUAUCAGUGAAAGGCAUGUCAAUCUUUGGAACACACAUCUCUUGAACCAGGCGGACAGGAAUGUAAUUAGCACAUACAAGUCAUCCGGGGUUGUCAGCUACUCAGUUUUUGACACGAUGCUUGCAUGCGAUCGAACGCAUGAUGCCACAACGGACAUCAUCAAAGUCCUCAAGGCCUUGCACGGCAUACCAGGAUCGCCCUCCCCCCAAGCAGGCCAAGAUACCCUCGACGUUUUAAUGAUAGGUGUUUCACCAUUACGUUCUGCUGCAAAGACGUGUGGUCAGAUUUUGAGGGACCACGUUCUUCGGCUCGUCAGAAAACUGAAUCCGUACGCGGUAUUGUUUAGAAGUACAUACAUGGCGCCACCGGAUUGCAUGCAACCAGCCUGCACGCCUAUCUGCAAGCUCCCUGGGAUGUCGAUCUGGAACGGUAGCGAGAUUGAUGACCAGCCAUCUAUGGUGGACGCACUGGAAUUCAAGGGUAGCGUCUUCUUGCCGUCAAGUACGCUAUCUAUGCUUUCAUUCAGCCCACGAGGGCGCAUGAUACGGAUGCCAGGAUGCUACCUAUGUGAGUGGAGUGAAGGCCAACGCAACAUACCCCAGUGCACGCAAGCCUACAGCAUGAGAACUGCUUCAUAUGUUUGUAGAGGCGGCUACAGACACUGUGAGCUUAACACGUAUGCCAUUCAGCACUCAAAGGACAUCCACGGGGUGCAAGAACUCUCGCGCAGCAUUAAUUUUACUAGGAUACUCGCAUACGAAACCAACGCAACGCUAACGUUUAAGAUGUGCAACGCAGCAAAACAAUUUGGCUUCGACGGAAGCUGGGUUAUCUUCGACAUGGAAUACCUAGAUACGACGAAUGUCUGCAGCGACCAGGUCUUUGCUGACAGCUUCGCCAUCGUGCAUUGGGUUAAGAAACACAUGGAAAGUAACUUCUACACGUGCGACGGAAUUUGGUCGUCUUCACUCACCGAAUUUCAUGACUCGAUCACUUGUGGAAGGCCUGGAAGAUGAUUGUGGAUAUAUGGAUACAAAUUUGAUAGAAAACGAUGCUGCUUGCUUA